UUGAUGGAGAACAGGACAGAAGUGACACAGUUCUUCCUGCAGGGACUUGCCAAUGACCCAGGCCUACAACUUCCUCUCUUUAUCAUCUUUCUCCUCAUCUACACCAUCACCCUGGUGGGCAACCUAGGAAUGGUCCUGCUGAUUGUCCUUGAUGCUCACCUCCACAGUCCCAUGUAUAUUUUUCUUGGUAAUCUAUCACUGGUGGACUUUUGUUACUCUUCAGGUGUCACUCCAAAAGUCAUGGCUGGUUUUCUAGUAGGAGAUAAAGUCAUGUCAUAUAAUGACUGUGCUGCUCAGAUGUUCUUUGUUACAGGCUUUGCUACUGUGGAAAAUUACCUGUUGGCCUCAAUGGCCUAUGAUCGUUAUGCAGCAGUGUGUAAGCCCCUACAUUAUGCUAACACCAUGACUACAGGUAUGUGUGUAUGGAUGAUUGCAGGCUGCUAUGCCUGUGGCUUCCUGAAUGCCUGUAUCUAUACUGGGGAUGCAUUUAGUUUAUCCUUCUGUAAGGCUGAUGUGGUCCAUCAUUUUUUCUGUGAUAUUCCAGCAGUCAUGGUACUCUCUUGCUCUAAUAAGCAUAUAAAUGAGCUGGUUCUUGUUUGCGUAGCCAGCUUCAAUAUCUUUUUUGCUCUCAUAAUCAUCUUAAUAUCCUACCUAAUGAUUUUUACCACAAUUCUAAAGAUGCACUCAGCUUCAGGACAUCAAAAGGCCAUGUCCACCUGUGCUUCUCAUUUCACUGCUGUUUUUAUUUUCUAUGGGACAGUAAUUUUCAUGUACUUGCAGCCUAGUUCCAGUCAUGCUAUGGACACUGACAAAACUGUGUCUGUGUUCUAUACCAUGGUGAUCCCCCUGCUGAACCCUCUGGUCUACAGCCUGAGGAACAAGGAAGUUAAGAGUGCAUUCAGAAAAAUUAUUUUCAGGCCAAAAUGA